AUGGCGGAUAGUUUUGAAGAUUUGCUAGAAAAUGCGCAGAAGCUCACCGCAGAUAUGGGAAGGGCAGGAGACAUGCCACUUGUGCAGAGAAAUAUAGCACAAAUUGCGGCAGCCGGUCAGCGUCUGUGGGACAAAGCUGGCUCUUCUAAAACAGAAACAGCAGACGUUCGAGCGUCUAUUCUGCUCGGAUCAAGAGGAUUUGAUGUGCCUCGUUUGUCGCAGAAACUUGACCGUCUGGACGCUGCAAAGACGUUUGAACCUCUUGCUCCUGUUCGAGACACAGACAUACAGGGUUUUCUCAAGAACGAGAGAGAGAAUGCGGUUUUGACCGUUAUUGAAGAAUCUCGCAAAAAGACUUUCAAGCAGGCAGAGGAACACCACUGGCGUUGUGUGCAGACGGAAUGGGAAGAGGAGAAACAGCAGAUACUCAACUCUCUACUCGGGAUGGGACAAGACACGCUUGUUCUACCUGCAGAAUACGAGACUGUUUCGGCGAGACCACUAGCUCAUCAUGGGAGGAGUGGACUGGAUGCAGUAGAAAUGUCGUAUGCCAGACAAGUAUAUAUUCAUAAUGAAAAAAAGAUGAAUGAUCUUCCACACGUCUUAGUCCACGCAUUUCGAAACGCAUCAGAAAAGUUCAGUGACCAAGAGAUCUACGACUGCUGGUGUCUACUAGGUGAAAUGGUAGCUGUACCAAAUCUUCCUUCAGAUCCUGUUGCAGCACGCACAUCAGAUCAUGUGCUAAUGAGCUUCAUAUCAGAGUCACGUCAUUUCUUAGAACGCAGGUACAAACAACGUGUGCUACAAAUUGUCAAUAGCAACUUGACUCAAGCAGAACUGGGAGGCGUGCCUGGCACGUUUCACAUCAUCAAGAGUUAUCUAAGGAUAAAGAUACCGGCUGGCACUCAGAACCUCGAAGAUGGAGACGUCGACGGGCAGCCAGUCUGGCCACUUAUCUAUUAUUGCUUGCGAUGUGGCGACCUGACUGCUGCAAUGCAAGUUGCGACUCAAGCGAGGUAUCAGAGCUUUACACAUUUUGCAUGUGUGUUCUGCAUUUCGUCUCAUUGUAGAAAUCGACUGGACGAGUUCUCGGGCUACUUGCAGGAAUACAUUCAGACAAAGGACACCGGUCUGCCUCAAUCAACGCUGAACAAGAUCAGAACUCACUACAGGAGAUCCGUGCAUGCGAGUAGGGAUCCAUUCAAGAAAGCAGUGUACUGUGUUCUUGGCUGUUGUGGCGUAGACGACAGUCAUUCGGAAGUUGCUGUAAAAACAGACGAUUACAUGUGGCUCAGGUUGAGUCAGGUUAGGCAGUUGGAUGGUGGUACGAGUAGAGGCAACCAAGGGGAAGACAUCCUCACACUAAGAAAGUUACAGACAAUACUAAAGGAUGAGUAUGGAGAAGGCCACUUUCAGGCAUUUGAGAUGCCACUGUUGUUCUUCUUUGUUUUGCUACUUUCGCUCCAAUUUGAGGCUGCACUGCAGUUCCUCUCUCGUAUUGAGCGAUAUCGUUCUCAUGCUGUGCACUUUGCCAUUGCUCUUUACGAUGCAGGAUUGUUGUUUCUCCCCGACAGCAUCCAAGCUCCUUUAUUAUCGAAGGCAUCAAAUGACACGGAGUUCUUCAACGUGGCACAACUAGUUAUUCGGUACACACGAAAGUUUGCGUCCACGGAUCCUAGGGAAGCAGUCGAGUAUUUCUACCUCUUGAAAGGAUUGGAGACUGUUCAGGGAAACUGUCUUUUUACACAAUGUCUGAGCGAUCUAGUGCUUGAAACAAGAGAGUUCGAGAUGUUGCUUGGUCGGCUUGAACCCGAUGGAAGCAGAAAGCCCGGACUGGUCGACAAAUUCGGCGUCAACUCCUCUGAAAUCAUCGAAACGGUCGCGUCUAGCGCAGAAGCGAAAGGUCUGGCGGAAGACGCCGUUCGUCUCUAUGAUCUCGCCAAGAAACACGACAACGUAUUGCGGACACUCAACAAACUCCUCAGUCAGUUCCUGUCUGCUGCACCGGGUGCUGGUCAGUCGACAAGAAAUCGACUCAUGACGCUCGGUAUUAACAUAGCCGAGAGAUACAAAGGGAAAGGCCACACGGCGACCGUCAGUCGUGUGAGCACGUUCUACUUGCUACUCGAUCUCAUGCAGUUCUUCAACCUUUAUCACCAGCAGCUCUUCGACCAGGCUCUCGACGUAAUACAACGGCUCAAGGUGCUGCCGUUUCGCACAGAAGAAGUCGAGAGCAAAGUGACCGCAUUCCGUCAAUACACCGACGAAAUUCGUCACAAUCUGCCCGACAUUCUGCUGGCGACGAUGAACAUUCUCCACGGCCAAUACCGAACUGCCAAAGCCGCCGCUCCUUCUUCGCCCUCUUUAGGAAUAGCUGCAAACGACGGAGGUCGCGGGGAGGUGAGAGAUACCUAUUUGAAGGAUCGACGACGUCAAUCGCGAGCUUUAAUAACGUUUGCCGGAAUGCUGCCAUAUCGCAUGCCGGGAGAUACGAGUGCUCGCCUUGUCCAAAUGGAAGCGCUCAUGAACUGAAACGUAUGUAAUCUAUUUCUCGUUUGACGGCGUACAAUACAUGAUUCAUGAUCAUA